AACACAAAGCUGGGCUGCACUCAACUGACAGGCGACACUUGCUGCACACAAGAAAAGCGUGGUCUUGCUGUGUCUGUGCAGCAGCCAGCCAUGGGGGUCGUCCCUGCUGCAGCCGUCGUCACUGCCGCAGCGGCCGCCGUGGUCUUGCUGCGGCUGUGCGCCUGCGGCGUCGCGGCGGUGGCCGCCGGAGCCGGAGGGGAUGGCGCCAAGUACAAGGACCCCACGCAGCCGCUGAACGCGCGGAUCGACGACCUGCUGCGGCGGAUGACGCUCGCCGAGAAGGUCGGGCAGAUGUCGCAGAUCGAGCGCGAGAUGGCCACGCCUGACGUCAUCAGCAACUACUUCAUAGGGAGCGUGCUGAGCGGCGGAGGCAGCGUGCCGGCGGCGAACGCCCCGCCGGAGGCGUGGGUGGAGAUGGUGAACGGGAUGCAGGGCGGCGCCCUGUCGACGCGCCUGGGGAUCCCCGUGCUCUACGGCAUCGACGCCGUCCACGGCCACGGCAACGCCUACAAGGCCACAAUCUUCCCCCACAACGUUGGCCUCGGAUGCACCAGGGAUCCUGAGCUAGUGAAGAGGAUUGGAGCAGCAGUUGCAGUAGAGGUCCGGGCCACCGGAAUCCCCUACAUCUUCGCUCCAUGCGUAGCGGAAAAAUCUCUCAUCUGUGUGCAGGUGUGCAGAGACCCUCGGUGGGGCCGGUGCUACGAGAGCUUCGGCGAGCGCCCAGAGCUCGUGCAGAACAUGACCUCCAUCGUCUCGGGGUUCCAGGGCGAGAUCCCCGCCGGCGGCCGCAAGGGCGCGCCGUUCGUCGCCGGGCAGCGGAACGUGGCGGCGUGCGCCAAGCACUACGUUGGCGACGGCGGCACCGCCGGCGGCAUCAACGCCAACGACACCGUCGCCACCUUCCACGAGCUGCUCGCCGUCCACAUGCCGCCCUACUACAACGCCGUCAUCCGGGGCGUCUCCACCGUGAUGGUCUCCUACUCGACCUGGAACGGGGUCAAGAUGCACGCCCAUCACUUCCUCAUCACUGACUUCCUCAAGAAACAGCUCCGGUUCAGGGGUUUUGUGAUCUCGGACUACCAGGGACUUGAUUUCAUCACGGACCCUGAGCACGCUGACUACCUUCUCUCCAUCAAGCUCGGGAUCCUUGCUGGCAUUGACAUGGUAAUGAUCCCGUUCAACUACACGGAGUUCAUCGACGGCCUCACGUUGCUAGUUCAGAACGGCACCAUCCCGAUGAGCCGCGUCGACGACGCCGUCCGCCGGAUCCUCCGCGUCAAGUUCACCAUGGGCCUCUUCGAGAACCCCUACGCCGACACCGGCCUCGCCGGCGAGCUCGGCAAGCAGGAGCACCGCGACCUGGCGCGCGAGGCCGUGCGCAAGUCCCUCGUCCUGCUCAAGAACGGCAAGCCCGGCGACAGGCCGCUCCUGCCGCUGCCGAAGAAGGCCCACGGCAGCAUCCUCGUCGCCGGCAGCCACGCCGACGACCUCGGCAGCCAGUGCGGCGGCUGGACCAUCACCUGGCAGGGACUUACGGGGAACAACCUCACCGCCGGGACCACCAUCCUUGACGGCAUCAAGCGCGCCGUCGGGCCCGCGGGCACCGACGUCGUGUACGCCGACAACCCCGACGCCGGUUUCGCCCGGGAGAACGGGGCCCGCUUCGACUACGCCGUCGUGGUCGUCGGUGAGGCGCCGUACGCCGAGACUGCCGGCGACAACACGAACCUGACCAUCCCGGCGCCUGGUCCGGCCAUCAUCCAGAACGUGUGCGGCAGCAUCAGGUGCGUCGUGGUGCUGGUGUCCGGGCGGCCGCUGGUGGUGGAGCCGUACAUCGACGCCGUCGAGGCGCUGGUGGCGGCGUGGCUGCCGGGGACGGAGGGGCAGGGCGUCGCCGACGUGCUGUUCGGCGACUACGGGUUCACCGGGAAGCUGUCGAGGACGUGGUUCCGGUCGGUGGAGCAGCUGGCCAUGAACGCCGGCGACGCGCACUACGAUCCCCUGUUCCCGUUCGGGUUCGGGCUCGAGACACAGCCAUCGAUGUAUUAGAGGGCGUCUGAUCUUGGCUACUAUAACAUUGCCGAGGCACAACCUCAUUUUAUCUUACUAAUUGGGGACGCCUUAGAAGGAUUCACUUGAAGCCACAUAGAAUUCUAGACGGACACUUUAAAAAAUAGAUAAAUUUUAGAAAUUCUCAUAAUCAUCCGGUCAUCGUAAUCAGUUAAUCACAAUAUAGUUUUGGGAUCUAUUAUCAUUUCUAAUAAAUUACCGACCAGUC